UGCUGCUGGUAAAGAAGGUUGGGGGUGUGUUUUGGGCAGCAGACCGGACAGUUGGAGAUCUGAAGAUCCUGAUCUCCCUCCCUACCUCUCUAUUGUAUUCUCUUGCACUUCUCUCGAGAAGCUAGUGGUGCGGUUCUUCAUCUUGGAGUAGUAGUCCUCUGAAGAAAGGAUCUUGUGAUGGAGUUCUGAAAAGAUUGUGACUGAUGGAGGAUUCCACUCGCCAAACCCUAUCAGAUGCUGCCAGUGAUUUGGACUUCAUGGAUGAGUUGUUAUCAGGAUCAGUCUUUGAUUGUUGUGAUCUCCUGCAAACAGGCACCUCUGCUUUCUUAUUGCCUGUUCUCGGAGUUAGCUACAGCAGUCCCAACCCGACCCUGCCAGGGAUUGAUUACCAGGUUGAUGCAGAGAGAUCAAUUUUCUCUGUGGAGUCGGCUUCAGAAGAAACCCAGAUUCAAAUGCUCGAUGGCGGACAAUCCAUCUAUCCGAGUCCUGCAGGUGAAUGGGAAGCAGAUGAUUCUAAUUAUCGAUCAGCCAUGAGUCGGCAGAUUCAGCCUACCAUGAAACAAAGACUGAGUUAUGCCUUGAGGUAUAUCAAGGAAUCAAAUGGAGAUGGUGAUGUCCUUGUUCAGAUUUGGGUGCCUGUCAUGAGAGGAAACCAACAAGUUGUUACUACUUGUGGUCAACCUUUCUUGCUACAGUCGAACUGUCAGGGGCUUGUGAAGUAUCGGUCGGUCUCCACGAGGUACCAGUUCUUGGCUGAUGAGAACUCUCGUGAGGCAGUGGGCUUGCCUGGCCGGGUGUUUCUAGGGAAGUUGCCGGAGUGGACACCGGAUGUGCGCUACUUCAGCAGCUGUGAAUUCCCUCGUGUGAGUGAUGCUCAGCGGUAUGAAGUUUGUGGAACGAUCGCCCUACCGAUUUUUGAGAUGGAUAGUCGAUCUUGUUUAGGGGUUGUCGAGGUCGUGAUGAUGACACAAAAGGUUAAUUACAGUUCUGAUUUUGAGAUCAUCUGCAAUGCUCUUCAGGCAGUCGAUCUUAGGAGUUCUGAAGUUUCAAGUGUUCCCCGCAUAAAGAUGUCUGGUGACUCUUACCAUGGUGCCUUGCCAGAGAUCCAAAUGGUGUUGAAAGCUGCCUGUGAGACCCAUAGAUUGCCAUUAGCUCAAACAUGGAUUUCAUGCAUUCGACAAGGCAAGAAGGGCACCCGACAUUCUGAUGAAAACUUCAAGGACUGUGUUUCAACUGUCGAUGCUGCCUGUUAUGUGCGAGAUCCUAGCAUGUCAGGUUUUCACCAAGCGUGCUCUGAGCAUCAUUUGUUGAGAGGCCAGGGUGUUGCCGGUAAAGCAUUUAUGACAAAUCAACCAUGCUUCUCAUCAGAUAUAACGGACUUCAGCAAGAUAGAAUAUCCCCUCUCGCACCAUGCUAAGUUGUUCCGCUUGAGAGCUGCUGUGGCUAUUCGACUGCGAUGUAUUCAUACCAGAAAAGUAGACUUUGUUUUGGAGUUCUUCUUACCUAUCAAUUGCAUAGAAAGUGAAAAACAGAAAUUGAUGCUGAAUUCUUUGUCUACUACGAUACAAGAAGUAUGUCAGACCCUACGAGUUGUGACGACCAAGGAGCUAGAACAUGAGACAGUGUUAGAAAAUGAUGAUCGGAUCCCUUCAGGUACAUUCUCUGAUAAAUCUGUUUCUGAGAUUGGUCAAAGAUCAACUGUCAAUGAAAUUCUCCCAGUAGGAACACCUGAUGUAGAUAUUACUGAGGAGGGAUUCAGCAUUUUAGCACAUUGGGAUCCCUCGGAUAUAAUACUACCUACUGGAGAUAUGUUUUCCGAGUUCAAGCAGCACUAUGGCGAGUCCAAUGAUGAUAAUCAAGUUUCAUUUUUUGCUGAAAUUAAUGUUUCAAAUAUGGAUAGUGAAACUGAAAAGAGGCAUACAAAAACUGAAAAGAUUGUCAGUCUGCAAGAGCUUCAGAAGUAUUUUGCUGGUAGCCUGAAAGAUGCUGCGAAAAGCCUAGGAGUGUGCCCUACUACACUUAAAAGAAUAUGUAGGCAACAUGGAAUUACUCGUUGGCCUUCACGGAAGAUCAAGAAGGUUGGUCACUCCUUAAGGAAACUGCAAGUGGUUAUAGACUCCGUCCAUGGUCCUGGAGGAGCCGUCCAGUUCAGUUCCCUCUAUGAAAACUUCAUAAAAGCCACUUGGUCAGAAAACAACUUAGCGACUGGUACCACAUUUUCAGUGUCAAAGCAAAAUGAUCUUCCAGACUUCUCGAAUGCAAACCAACAGCUAGAAAGUAGAUUAAUCUCACGGACAUCUGGAUCAAAUUCCCUUUCCUCUUCCUCAUGUAGUCAAAACUCUAAUUCAAGUCAGGGCUAUUCCAGUGAGCAAAGGAAGUGCGUUGAUGCUCAUGAAUUUUCAUUCAGACAAAAUACUUCAGUGGAAGAGAAUCAGAGUAACAUGCUUGAGAAAGUUCAAAGCCACAUUGAAUUCCAUUCCCAACCUGAGGUGGCACCAAAAUCUGUGGUUAGAACCCUGAAUCAGAAGUUUCAUAUUGAUCAUCAUUCUUCAGGAACUAUGUCUUUUCCGCUGAUGAAUAGAUGUGAUUUUAUUAAGGUCAAAGCAAUUUUUGGGGAAGAAAAAGUUAUAUUCAGAGUACAGCCAACUUGGGGCUUCCAAGAGUUAAAGCAAGAGAUCCAGAGGCGGUUUAACAUAGGUGAUACUGCUUUAGUAGGCAUCAAGUAUCUGGAUGAUGACUCGGAGUGGGUCCUGUUAACAUGUGAGGAAGACCUGAAGGAAUGCAUUGAUGUGCACAAAUCAACAGAUGCUCAUACAAUCAGACUUUCUGUUCAUCCUGUUGCUCAACCAAACACCAAGUCCUCAUGGAGCAGCACCGCACUAUCUUGACCAUUUCAGGAAAUUCUUUUGAAACAACAACAUGAUAUUGCUGUGCUUAUUGAUCCGAAGUUUGUUCAUGCAUUGCAAACUCAUAGUAGGGACUGAUCUCCAGAGCAUGUGGAAAGGCUUACAGUGAGGACCAAAAAAA